GGGUGGCACAAACAAAUGUCAGACGGGAUUAAAGUUCUCAUGUUAGUGUAGAAUUGCAGAUAAAAUGGAUGAAUAUCCGUAUCCACUGUUUUUUGAAGCCACUGACUUCACAGACAAAGAGAAGGAGAAAGUGAGGAGAUACUUUCAGAAAAGGCGAGACUCCGGGGGUGGCGACUGCGGAAAUCUUGAAAAACUAGGAGGAAAUGUUUAUAAAAUCUGUUUCAAGGAAAAAGAAGAUCAAGAAAGAGUUUUGCAGAGGAAGUGUCACACCAUCACUCUUCCUAGUGGAGAAGUGCGGCUGACCGUGAGCCGGACAAGUUCACCACAGACCUCUGACCAGCCAUCGACAAGCCAAUCACUGAGCUCUACAAACCCAAACAUAAAAAAUCUUAAGAAGACUUUCAGGAUAGAUGUUUUCCUGCUGUAUUUCCUGAGAGACAACUGUAAAGCAUACAAAUUUUUUGAAAAACAACUGUCGUCAAUCGGCUGCACAGUGGAGCUAAAUUUCGAUGAAGAGGAGGUUUUGGUUAGAGGGGAGGUUGACAAGGGGCCAGGAGGAGGUUUUGGUGGUGCUGCAGAGAAAUGGGAGUGUCAAGUGGAUCGGGUCUUCAUCCGGCUCACCGAGACCUACCUCUGCUAUCAUGUGCUUGAGCCAAAACAGAUGAAACUGGUACUGCAGGACCCGUCCUUUAAGACAGAUGAUAUAAAAGUUUACAUAGAGAGUGGCUAUCCUGUGGUUGUGGGAGAGGCUGAUGCCAUGAAGGAGAAGAUUGCAAUUCUUGAAAAACGCCGACCCACCAAAAAGGAAGUGCCAAUUGUGGAGAAGAAGUUCAAGCUCGUAGAAGAAGAGUUCAAUCGAGAAAUGCGUGCUAAUUGUCCAGAGGUUACAAUCAUCAGAGGUAGUGCCAUGAUCACUUUGGAGGGCCCUGACAAACAGGUGCAGUCAGGAGCUGCAAAACUGGAUGAACUGAUUAAGAAUGUAAAGGAGAAGAGAGUUAAGUUCCCUACAGCUCUGCUAACCUUCAUGAAGACCAGUGAUGCCAUCCCAAAAUACCAAACUCGCUUCCAGCAGAGCCUCAGAAACCCUGUUUUCUUUGAGGUGGGUUCAGAUCUGGUUCUGUCCAGUUUGUCCUCUGAUGCUCUGAAUGAGGCUGAAGCAGCUGUAAUGAGAGACCUUAAAGUGACCACUGUGCAGCUGCAGGGUGCAAUAGAUCUUAACAGGUUGAAAGAAAUUCUGACGAAAGCCAAAAACGAGGCAAACAGUAGAGAGCUCAGAGUGGACGUCAGCUACAUGCCAGGCGCCAGUGGAACCUCAACGACCAAAGUCCAACUGGUGGGCUACAGUGAAGAUGUGGCCAAGCUCAAUGAAGUUCUUCAUGACUUCCAGUUGAAUCAACUUUCAACUCAAGAAACCAUCAAUCUGCUUCAUCCUGAAAUAGUCAACUGUAUUGAUAAAAUCCUAGACUUGAUUGGCAUGAAGCAGACCAAGGUGACCUUACAAGCCUCACAUUUUCCAAAUCCUUGUGUGAUUGUGUCUGGUCCUCGAUGUCAUGUUCAGGAGGCCAAGGAGGCCCUAACGUCAACUCUAGCCAGUCUUAUAGUAGACACUUUGACUCUAGAUGGACCAGGGGCUCAGCAGUACUUCCAGGAAGAGGGUAAAGUGACUAAGGAGCUGAUAGAGGGUUCCUGUCACGUCAUUAUCCGAGAGAAGCAAACUGCAGCCACCCCAAAUGUGCAAAGACCACGAAACACCAGCAGACUCAGCGAUACACCUAGAUCUCUCAGCUACAGCAGCAGCAUGUACAGCACAGUUGGAAACUCUGCAAUCAACAGAACAAACCUGAAGAUCAAACUCAGCAGUUUAGAAAAUGAACAGGCAGAUGUUCUGGUGGUCCCCAUGCUCAACAAACAGCUGACUUCUACAAAUAUUGGCAACAGUUUGUUGGCUAAAGCUGGAAAUACAUUACAGUUAAAGUUUGAUUUAGUCUUAGCCAGUUGUGCCCUCACCCCUGGAGAUGUUCAGCUGGUUGAUGCACCUCCAUCUCUGGGCUGCUCCAAGAUUUUCUUCAUUGAAUGCUUGCCUUGGGACGGAGUAAGAGGAAAGAGUGUUCAGGCUCUUGGUAACGGUCUGAAGAGGUGUCUGGAGCUUUGUGUACAGCUGAAUUUGUGUUCAGUGGCCAUUCCAAUCAUUGGGCCAGGAAUUGUUUUAAAAUACCCGCUGAGAGAAGCCAUUCAAGUGUUGACGGACAUCAUUCACCAGUUUGGAUUAUCUGCGUCCUCUGGCUCUCUUACAAACAUCCACACUGUCAUUAAACCUGGUUACCCUGAUUCUGAGGCGUGCUACCACGAUGUCUACAAACAGCUCAGCUUAAAUAUGAACCAGGGAGGCCAAGCAAUCUUCAGGUCCCUCACCAGCGACCUAGAUGACAUCAUCAUAACAAUCGGAACUGGAGUUAAACUACGUGUGGUGUUCGGUGACAUCACUAAUGAGACUACAGAUGCUGUGGUGAACACAACAGACUUCCAAAAUUUUAAUCUUGAUGGGGUAUGCAAAGACAUCUUAACUGUAGCUGGACCACAGGUGGAAGCUAAACUGAAAGCAGCAAAAGUGAAUCGAGGAGAAAUUGUAGUGACCCAGUCUGGAAACUUCCCCUGUAAGGCUAUUUUUCAUGUAUGUGGAGAAAAGGAUCAAGCUCUUGUUGAACAACUUGUGUGUGAUAUCAUUUACUAUUGUGAAUCGUAUAAAUACACUUCAGUGGCAAUUCCUGCCAUCUGUGCUGGAGCUGGAGGUUUGGAUCCUGCGAUUGUAGCAGGAGCCAUUCUUCAAGGGAUCAAGUCAUCUGCAUCAUCAAUGAACAGCCUCACCGACAUCCGUCUCAUCCUGAUUAAGAUCAAUGUCUUCUUGGCUUUUAAAGAGAAAGCGAUGCAGAUGUAUUCCUCAGCUGUCAUCAACAGAGUACUUCCAGUACUUCCAGUGCGUCCAGUACUUCCAGUACUUCCAGUGCUUCCAGUACUUCCAGUACUUCCAGUACUUCCAGUUCAAGUACAGCAACAGCCUCCUCCUUCUGUGAGUGCAUACCUCAGCAGUCUCCAAAUCAGCUCCACAAGUCAGCAGUCUGUCUUCACGUUCCUGGGUCUUUCCAAAAAGGACGUUGACGAUGCCAUGGGAAAGCUGAAGCAUCAAUAUCAGACACAGUGCUCCAGUAACACCUUCUCAAAGGAGGAACUGGAACCCCUCAGCCAGGAUGACAUGACAGAGCUGAAGGAGCUGGUGGAGUCUGAGGGUUUAUUCAUGCAAACUGAUCAGUCUGGCACCCUAACAGUGAGCGGGUUGAAAGACGGGGUCACCCGGGUGAUGCAGAAAAUGAGUCAGUGUCAGUACAUGAGCCUUGCUAAUGAGGUGAGAGUCAGGGAGGAGGAGGAUUUGUACCUCCGAGUCGUUUGGUGCAUCCUGGCACAUAACGGUAACUGGGAAAGACUUCCCAGAGCAGCCAACCACCAACUGGAAAACAACGAAUUAACAAAAGGAAUAAAAGACGCACAGGGACUCAUAUGGGAGGUUAACCUACUGACAAUGGUGGCCACACGAUCACUGAACAGACAGACGACGAAGCUGAAACGACUUGAGAAUCUCCCAGACUUUACUUACCCUUUAUACUGGGACAGGAUGGCUGCCAAUGAGAGUAUGAAGGUUGUUACACUGGAGUCUUCCUCUGCAGAGUACCGGGCAGUGAAGGAGGCCUUCAAACGAACCGUUGCCAAAACUGUGAUGAAGAUUGAGCGUUUGCAGAACGUUCACCUGCGGCGCACCUAUGAAGCCCAGAAGAAGCACAUUUCUGAUAAGAACACACGGGAGGGAGGAGCAGGGGAGAAGCUUCUGUACCACGGGACGACCCGGGAAAACUGCAACUCCAUAAUGAAAACUGGAUUCAACAGGAGCUUUGCUGGGCAAAAUGCAACUGCAUACGGUAUCGGGACCUACUUUGCUGUAGAUGCCAGCUACUCGGCUCAACCCACCUACUCCAAGCCAGCUGCUGAUGGUUCUCAGUUAAUGUUCGUCGCACGAGUCCUCACAGGCGUCUACACUCAGGGCCAAGCUACCAUGAAGGUGCCUCCACCUCGAAACCCCCAGCAGUCUCAUGACCGUUACGACAGUGUGGUAGACAGAAUAAAUAACCCCAGCAUGUAUGUUGUAUUUCAUGACAACCAAGCGUACCCUGACUACCUCAUCACAUUCAAGUGAGAGUAAAGGAAAAGUUUUUACCAUUGUUUAUAAAUGAAAGUGUCUGAAAAAUCAAUUAGGACUAAUAUAAAAGUUACAUAUGGAAUUGUCACUGUCACCGACCUAGCUGAACAGUAGCUGCUUCUAAUGAAAUUAAAAGUUACAUAUAUGUACAUAAACACUGGAAACAUAUUACACAAUUAUGCAGGUUUUAAUCUUUUAUUUGGUUGAUCUUCUUUCAUCUUCACCUUGCCAAGUGUAAAGUGCUUUGAAUACAUCUAUUUAAUCUGAGAACAUGUCACAAUACCUAAUAAAGAUUUACUUACUGACAAA